AUGACACUCCUUCAAAUCAGGAGACAGAUUGCGUCCAAAUUCCACUUUAAUGUCAUAAGUGCAGAUCACAGAGCCUCAAUCAAUCAACGAGUUUACACGUUUCUCAACUUACACAACGGUGUGAACCUGAGGUCCUUCCACUUUCUUAACUCUUUGAACCACAAGUUCUACAAAGGUCCAGAGACAGACGUUUUGCCACCCUUUCAAUUGAGUAAACCUGAAGUCCUGCCUCCUCCUGAACUGGAUAAACCUGAAGAACUGCUACCUCCUCAAGUGGAUAAACCUGAAGUCCUGCCACCACCUGAACUGGAUAAACCUGAAGUCCUGCCACCUUGUGAAGUGGAUAAACCUGAAGUUCUGCCACCUCCUGAACUGGAUAAACCUGAAGUCUUACCACCUCCUCAAAUGGAUAAACCUGAAGUCCUCCCACCUCCUGAAUUGGAUAAACCUGAAGUCCUGCCACCACCUCAAGUGGAUAAACCUGAAGUCCUGCUACCUCCUCAACUGGAUAAACCUGAAGUCCUGCCACCACCUCAAGCGGAUAAACCUGAAGUCCUGCUACCUCCUCAACUGGAUAAACCUGAAGUCCUGCCACAUCCUCAAGUGGAUAAAACUGAAGUCCUGCCACCUCCUCAAGUGGAUAAACCUGAAGUCCUGCCACUUCCUCAAGUGGAUAAACCAAAGGUCCUGCCACCUUCUCAACUGGAUAAACCUGAAGUCCUGCCACUUCCUGAACUGGAGAAACCUGAAGUCCUGCCACCUUCUCAACAUGGUAAACCUGAAGUCCUGUGA